AUGAGCCGGGCCGAAUUCAAGGCGAACCUUGAUGCGGCUUGGGCUCGAUUGGGCAAACCGAACUUCGUCAUCUUCCAAUUGCCCCAAAAAGAUGCCAAUAUUUACUCGGAUCGAAAAUGGUGGGCAGACUGUGAUCAAGGAGUUGCCAAUAUCUGUACUACUUUCCAGAAGCUGGAUCGAAUCAAGGAGAAUAGAGUUGACACCAACUUCUUGGGAAACAUGGCGUUGAAAAUUAAUGUUAAGCUCAGAGGAACGAAUCACAGGUUGCAAUGCGGUUCUGGACUGUUCAUAAAUACCAUGGUUGUUGGUGCAGAUGUCACACAUCCUGGAAGAGCUUCUGCAGACACGUGCCCAUCCUUGGCUGGAGUUGUGGCCACCAGCGAUGUCGAUUGCGUACAUUACCUAGCAUCCGCACGACUUCAGAUAAACAGAACCGAGGCAUGA